CGCCGCACUUUUAAGUAGCCUUAAAUUAUGCCUGUCGACAAAAAAACGAUCAUACCUACAACUAUUUUUGGAGUGGUGUUCUUUGAAUUAAAUAUUAAAAAUUCAAAUCUUUUGGACUAAUCCAUUGAUGAAUCUGUGCAAUGUUGCUUUUAGUAACGAUAUAUCUCUUCGAGUGUACACAGGCACAGGCGGGACAGACCAGCCGCCCCAUGCAUGCCGCCAAAAUUCAAGUUAGAGGAAAGAAGAGCGAGCUUUCUGUUGUCGGUUGUAAACACUGAGCAGUAGCGUACUGCUUCAGCUUUAAGUUGUUGUUUUGUUACUCUAACACCACAAAUCUUGCCUCCGGAAUCAUCGUAGAGAGAACAGCCUGAAGAUGCACAUCAAGUCGAUUGUUAUUGAAGGAUUUAAGUCCUACGCCCAGAGGACGGAGAUCAACGGCUUUGACCCGCUUUUCAACGCCAUCACAGGACUGAACGGUAGCGGCAAAUCCAAUAUUUUGGACUCGAUAUGUUUCCUGUUGGGCAUUUCUAACCUUAGCCAUGUGCGAGCCUCCAACCUCCAGGACUUGGUUUACAAGAACGGGCAGGGUGGUAUCACCAAGGCCACUGUGUCUAUUACCUUUGACAACGCCAACAAAAGUCAGAGUCCUUUGGGAUUUGAGACCCAUGAUGAGAUCACCGUCACCAGACAGGUGGUGAUUGGUGGCAGGAACAAGUACCUCAUCAAUGGAGUCAAUGCCAACAACACCAGGGUGCAGGACUUGUUUUGCUCUGUUGGCCUCAAUGUUAACAACCCACAUUUUCUCAUCAUGCAGGGGAGGAUCACCAAAGUUCUCAACAUGAAGCCACCAGAGAUUCUUGCCAUGAUCGAGGAGGCAGCAGGAACAAGGAUGUAUGAGUGUAAAAAGAUCAGCGCCCAGAAAACAAUAGAGAAGAAGGAAGCAAAGCUAAAGGAGAUUCAGACCAUUUUGGAUGAAGAAAUUACCCCAACUAUGCAAAAACUGCAAGAGGAACGCUCCUCAUACUUGGAGUACCAGAAGCUGAUGCGUGAGAUCCAGCAUUUGUCCCGGCUCUACGUGGCCUGGUUGUUUGUGUGUGCAGAAGAAACAAAGGUGAAGUCAGCAGAGAACCUGAAGGUGAUGCAGGAUAACAUCACUAAGAUGCAAGCGAGCAUGGCUGAGAAUGAGAGCAAAGUCAAGGAGCUCUCUGCCCAGAUUCAGGAACUGCAGAAGAAAAAAGACCAGGAGGUGAACGGAGUAUUAAAAUCCCUGGAGGAGACUCUAUCCGAUGUGCAACGUGUGGAUGCUAAAGCUCAGAGUGCACUUGAUCUGAAAAAACAGAAUGUCAAAGAUGAAACCAAGAAGAGGCAGGAGCUUGUCAAGAGUAUGGAGGAGGACAAGAAAAUGCUUGUGGUGAAAGAAAAGGAGGUUUCCAAGUUUACAGAGCAGCUUCAGGCGCUACAAGAGGAGGGGAAGAAAGACAGUGAAGCUCUGGAAGCAGCUGAGCAGCAUUUUAGGGCUGUGUCAGCAGGCCUUUCUAGCAAUGAGGACGGAGAGGAGGCCACACUGGCUGGACAGAUGAUGACCUGCAAGAAUGACAUGAGCAAGGCCGAUACUGAGGCCAAGCAGGCCCAGAUGACCCUGAAGCAUGCACAGGCAGAGCUGAAGACCAAACAGGCUGAGGUGAAAAAGAUGGACAGUGGCUACAAGAAGGAUCAGGACGCCAUGCAGGCUGUCAGAAAACACAGAGAGAAACUAGAGGCUGAGCUAGCAAAACUCAACUAUGAAGAUGGAAAGGAGGAGAGUCUGCUGGAGAAGAGGAGACAGCUGUCCAGAGAGGUCUCUAAACUCAAAGAGACCUAUGAGCAUCUCAUGCAUCGCUUCCCCAACUUGCGCUUCGACUACAAGGACCCAGAGCGAGGAUGGGACCGCAGCAAAGUAAAGGGUCUGCUCGCGAACCUGAUCACAGUUCGUGAUGUGUCCUACUCAACCGGACUGGAGGUUGUUGCAGGAGGACGCCUCUAUAACAUUGUGGUUGACACAGAGGUGACUGGUAAAAAGCUGUUGGAGAAGGGAGAGCUACAGCGCAGGUACACCAUUAUCCCACUGAACAAGAUCUCUGCCAAGACACUCAAUGACAGAGUGGUCAAUGCUGCCAAGAGCCUGGUGGGAGAAGACAAUGUCCACACAGCUCUGUCACUGGUGGGUUAUGAAUCUGACCUGCGUAAAGCCAUGGAGUAUGUCUUUGGAUCAACACUGGUGUGUGACACCCUGGACAAUGCCAAAAGAGUGGCUUUUGAUAAACAGGUGAUGACUAAGACUGUCACUCUGGGAGGGGACAUCUUCGACCCUCAGGGAACUCUGAGUGGAGGUGCCCGCUCCCAGUCAGCAUCAGUUCUGUCCAGCCUGCAGGAGCUGAAGGACGUUCGUGACAACUUGAAUGAGAGGGAAGGCCAGCUUCAGGAAACGGAACGUCUACUGUCCAGCCUCAAGGGAAUCGCAGAGAAGUAUCGUCAGCUGAAGCAGCAGCACGAGCUAAAGGUGGAAGAGGAACAGAUUCUGCAGGCCAAAGUACAGCAGAGCUCUUUCCACCAGCAGCAAGAGGAGCUAGAGAGGCUGCGCAAAGCAAUUGAGGAAAGUGAGAAGACCCUGUGCCUCACCAAGGAUGUUCAGAAGCGGGCUGAAGAGAAGUACAAGGUGCUGGAGAACAAGAUGAAGAACGCUGAGGCAGAGAGGGAGAAGGAGCUGAAAGCCGCCCAGCAGAAACUCAAUGCGGCCAAGGCCAAAGCUGACGCCUUCAAUAAGAAGCUGAAGCAGAAGCAGCAGGAGUCUGAAGCCGUGGCCCUGGAGCUGGAGGAGCUACGGAGGGAGCAGGCGGGUUAUGAACAGCAGAUUCAGGCUGUAGAUGAAGCCAUGAAGGCCAUCCAGGAGCAGAUUGACAGCAUGGCUUGCACAGUUGCACAAAACAAGGAAGCCGUGCGUAAAGCUCAAGAGGAGCUCGCCAAACAGAAAGAAGUGAUCAUGGCUCAGGACAAAGACCUUAAGGCAAAGAGCUCAGAGGCCAAUAAAAUAAGGGAGCAGAGCAAUGAAGUUCAGCUGAAGAUCAAGGAACUGGAACACAACAUUAGCAAGCACCGCAAGGACAGCCAGGAUGCUGCUGACAAGGUGUCUCGGAUGCUGGAGGAACACGACUGGAUCCACUCAGAGCGCCAGUUCUUCGGCCAGCCCAACACGUCCUACGACUUCAAGACUAACAACCCCAAAGAAGCUGGACAGCGGCUGAAAAAGCUGGAAGAGACCACCUCCAAGCUGGAGAGAAACGUCAACAAGAGGGCCAUGAACAUGCUGAACGAGGCAGAGGAGAGGUACAAUGACCUGAUGAAGAAAAAGAGGAUCGUGGAGAACGACAAGGCAAAAAUCCUGCAGACCAUUGAGGAGCUGGACCAGAAAAAGAAUGAGGCUCUGAACGUGGCAUGGCAGAAGGUGAACAAGGACUUUGGCUCGAUUUUCUCCACCCUGCUGCCAGGAGCCACGGCUAAGCUGGCUCCUCCACAGGGCUGUGGUGUCUUGGAUGGCCUUGAGUUCAAGGUAGCCUUGGGCAACACCUGGAAGGAGAACCUCACUGAGCUCAGUGGAGGGCAGAGAUCCCUGGUGGCCUUGUCUCUCAUACUGGCCAUGCUGCUGUUCAAACCUGCUCCCAUCUACAUCUUAGAUGAGGUGGAUGCUGCCCUGGAUCUCUCUCAUACGCAGAACAUUGGACAGAUGCUACGCACACAUUUUAGACACUCCCAGUUUGUUGUGGUGUCCCUGAAGGACGGCAUGUUCACCAAUGCUAAUGUCCUGUUCAAGACCAAGUUUGUUGAUGGCAUGUCAACAGUUUCACGUACCGCGCUUAGCCAGAGUGACACCAACUAUCCACAGAAAGGCCACGACAAGGCUCGUCAAAAAGACAAGAGGAACAAACAGCUCAUUGGUUAAUUAUUGCACUGAAACAGCUCAACAAUCACAGUUACAUUUUCCCAGGUAUUUCUUCUUUGAGACCAUUUCAACUGUCAGAAAGUUGUGAUACUAAAUUCUGCAAUCUAUUGUGUAUAUUCUCCUAUUUCUAGGGGUUAGUAAGUCUGGGGUUUGUUCAAAUCUUUGUGUAUUUUAAUCGUUUUAUCUGUAAAUUUCAUGACUUUUCUAAGAUGUCACAUUUCUGGACUUAUUUUUUUCUUUUGCUUUUCUGCAACAAAUGGUCCAUUUUAACUGCAGCUUUGUGUCAAUAUAUUUUAGUAAAUAAAGCGGGCUAAGUAUAAA